AUGCAAGUCGGUCGACGCGUGCAUGUGAUGGAUGUCGAAAAAGCUCAUUGUGCGUCGCACGCUCAAGACUGCACGUACGCCCCCGAGCGGGAUGGGCGGAAGCCCGUUUCCAAGGCGUAUGUCUCGGCGCUCGAGGCAAGAGUCAAGGUCCUAGAGGGGAUGCUCGGCAGCGAGACGGGUGCUGCGGCGCACCAGAACGCCGUCGCUAGCUCGAGCAGGAUGUCGGGUCCGUCUCCAGAUGAGCCGGCAAGAGGUGCAGCCGGAGUCGACAGGCUACAAAUCGAUGCUGAGACCGGCGGAUUAGUCGAGUAUGGCCCUACGUCGGCGUUCAAGCAUCUCAACGAGGCUCGAACGUCCAAUCCGGCUGCAGAGGAGCAGAGGUCAUUUCGCGACUUCAGGACCCCGCUUCAUCAUCUUCCCAGCACGACCGCUGCUGCGGGACUUCGACGCCCGCCUGUCCCGGCCGACCUACCCUCUCCUGAGCUACGAGAAGAUAUUCAUACCGAGGUUCUGCGGCUAUUCUUUGCCUACUUCAACCCAUGGUGUCAAUGGGUCGACGAAGGCAGAUUCCGCGCCGACAUGCUGCAAUCACCGGUCAACCCAGAAACGAUCAUCCGCCCUCGACGAACGGCAUACUACUCGCCUCUGCUGCACAAUGUCGUUCUGUCCGUCGGCCUGUUCUAUCUCGACUGCGAUAGCGAGUACAAGGCACAACUAGCGGCUGGAUUCGCACGUCGAGCGAGGGAGAUGAUCGAUGCGGAGGUGGAGGCGCCGCUGCUCAGCUCAGUCAUGGGUAUACUGUUGCUUGGGAGCCAUCAUACGGCUGUCCUGAGGCAUAGCGUGGGGUAUAUCCACUCUGGGACUGCUUUGCGCUUGGCUCAAGCUCUCGGUCUGGGAAUGGAUUGUUCGCACUGGGUCCGAACAGGAGCGGUUACGUUGGAGAUGAAGCAGAGUCGAGAUAGAGUCUUCUGGACGGGGUAUAUCCAGGACAAAUUCUGGAGCAUCUACGUGGGACGAGCGUCAAGCGUCUCCAUCGCCAGAUCCGAGAUCGCCAUGCCGGAUCCGGAUCCCGAGGAGGAUGAGCAAGUCUGGGUCCUGUAUCCUAACGAGGAGUGGAGCGUCCCCAGUCAUUCGCCCGGAGCGGGAAAUGACCGCUUCGGUCCUUCCAUCCAGGGCGAGGUGAAGGCAUGGACCAGCACGACAUACGUGUGGACGUGUAAAUUGGCUUUGAUAGCGGAGAGGGUGCUGGAUAUAGCAUACUCCAUGCAGCUUGACAUUGACUCUUUGCACGUUCAGGACGUAGUCUCGGACAUCAAUCUGCUCCUACAGAGAUGGUACGAUGAGCUGCCCGAGCCUGUACGCAUAGGCGAUCUCACCUCCCGGACUCGAUCACCUUUCCCGCCCGCUCACGUUCUCGUCUUGCAUGCUGCUUAUCACUUCAUGUUGAUUCUGCUAAACCGUCCUUGGUUCUCCCGGUUCAAGACGCAAGAUACGAGUACUCGUCCCUCUGGUUCUUACGUUCCAAUCUGCGAGCAAUCUGCACGGAAGAUCGUUGAGAUUCUUCAACUUUACGACCGCUGUCCAGGCCUACGCUUCGCUCCCAUCUCCAUGACCCAAUUCGCCUUCGCCGCAGGCACCAUCCACCUCCUCUGCGCCGCCAACGCCACCGGCAAGCAGACCAUCGCCACCGAGAUACGAGGCGUACGCGAUUGUAUCGCCGCGCUACGCAGUAUGGGCGGCGGCUUCUGGUGCGCGAGCCAGAGCGGCGCGAUCCUCGAGGGGCUCCUGAACGAAUGGUGUCCCAGCGACGAGUCGACCCAUGGUCGCGCGUCGUCAACGACGGCGUCGGAUUUGGGCGGGUCAUUGCCGGUAGCGCAGCUCUUGCGAGAUAAUCCGACACUCGAGGAGGAGCUCAAGAGGCUCGGCUGGGUCCCGCCGCCCUCUAGCGCUGUGCCAAGCGGCCAUCCUGAGCGGCCGCUUAUGAGCUAUACGAGUGCUACUGUACCCCAGGGUCCACUAGUCCAGCAGCAAGCGUUCGAGCCGGACUGGUCCCUCUUCUCGCAGCUGUUCCAGCCGCCGGCCGACCCGAACAUGCUAAUGCAGGGCGACGGGGUUGGCGUUGAUACCUCAUGGCUGAAUGUGGUCGAUGAACGUCGUCAGACUGGGGAAGAGGGUGAAUUGGGUAGCUUGGCCCUCUGGCCAUUUGGUCUCGGUAAUGAAGGCAACAUGGUUUGA